AUGGGCCAAAAAGCCUUUUUCGCCAAUCGUGAUGAUCAAGCCAAAGAGAGGCGGCGUCUUCAACGACAGAGAAAUGGAUAUCUGCCUGGCGCUUUCAAGGAAGAAGACGAAGUUCGAAGAAAAGAUAAGAAGCUCCCGAAAACCAAGGAAUUACAUCAAGAAGCUCUGGAUCUUUGGUUCGAGUUCACAGGAGACCCAGAAAAUGGAUUCCAAGAUUACAAAACCGUCCAAGGUUGCCAGCCUCCAGGCCAUGAAAUGGUCAAGGCAUUCAUUCGCUGGUAUGCGGACUCUACUUACGGCCGACUCAGCAAAAGCAGAAAACCAACCGUGAGAACAACCAAGGCAUGCGCAGAGAGAUUUUUCGGCGGAUUUAGGGACUUUACCAAAACUGAGGUCCCUGAAACGGACCGAACAGAAAUUUACACUGUGAGUUCUCGUUUGCCUCCUUUUCAAACAAGUUCUGACGCCGUGGACGACGAGGUGCAGUGGAUAAAAAAUACAUUGACGAAAGAUGGAAAAGUUGUGAAUGAAAGAAAACAGAAGUACAACUUCGAAAAAGACGACUUCUUGAAGGUAGUUUCGUCAAUGUGGCAGGCUGAUCACAAAGGAUUCAUUCCUGCGCUGAUCAAAUGUCAAAUUCUGUUUGCUCUUCAAUUAUACCUUUUUACAGGAGCAAGAGUUGGGUCUUUCAUGCCUUCCGAUGAAAACAAAAUGGAACGAGGUCUCCGAUAUGAAGUAAGGAAACUGUAA